GCCCGGGAGCAGCGCGAGCGCCGGUUGCCCGAGUGACUGGGAGCGGCGGCGGCCUUGCGGCAGCUCACUGACCAGUGCUUCAAUCCAUGUAGAGCCGCCGGCGUUGUCAUCAUCAUUAUUAUUAUCAUCAUAAUUUUGUAUUUUAUUGUUUUUUGGGAGGGGGGGCGGAAAAAUAAAAAGAAAGAUCUCACCUUGUUGGUUUUCUGAGUGUGGGAGUGGAGGAUGAUGUGCGAGGUGAUGCCGACCAUCAGCGAGGAUACCCUCAACCAGAGGGGCUCGCAGAACGGCUCGGAGGACGCCAAUUUCGAGCAGCUGAUGGUCAACAUGCUGGACGAGCGGGACAAGUUGAUGGAGAACCUGCGGGAAACGCAGGAAACUUUGUCCGUCAAUCAGGAGAAGAUGCAAGAGGUGGCACACGAAAGGGAUCUGCUGCAGCGCCAGUUGAAUUCAGCUCUACCUCAGGAGUUUGCUGCACUAACAAAAGAACUGAACGCCUGCAGGGAACAACUUUUGGAGAAAGAGGAAGAGAUCUCUGAGCUGAAAGCAGAAAGGAACAACACCAGACUGCUACUUGAACAUUUGGAGUGUCUUGUGUCAAGACAUGAGCGGUCCCUGCGAAUGACUGUGGUGAAGCGGCAAUCUCAGUCUCCAUCAGGAGUGUCCAGUGAAGUUGAAGUUUUGAAGGCAUUGAAGUCAUUAUUUGAACAUCACAAAGCUUUGGAUGAAAAGGUUCGUGAGCGACUCCGUGUUUCACUUGAGAGGGUAUCAACGCUGGAAGAACAGUUGUCUUCAGCCAACCAGGAGAUGACCGUACUGAGGCAACAGACCGCACACACACAGAGGAAAACAGCAGCUGGUGAGGGUCCAGAAGAUUUGCAAAUCACCGAGAGCACAGAAGCUGCACUGAAGACAACGUGGAAGAGACUUUCAAAUGGUUCCAUUGAUCCCAAUGAUGAGAUUAGUCGGGUUGUGGAUAUGCAGGACUUGCUGGAGAAACAGAACUUUGAAGUGACGCAGAUGAAAGACCGUCUGUCUACAAUAUCAGCGCGGGUGGCUGAACUGGAAGAAGACCUGAAUACAGCCAGGAAGGAUCUGAUCAGAUCUGAAGAAAUGAACAACAAGUACCAAAGAGACAUCAGGGAGGCAAUGGCACAGAAGGAAGAUAUGGAGGAGAGGAUUACAACGCUUGAAAAGCGUUAUUUAGCUGCACAAAGAGAGUCCACAUCAGUGCACGAUCUUAACGAUAAACUUGAAAAUGAGCUUGUAAAUAAGGAUUCGCUGCACCGUCAGAGUGAAGAAAAGAAUCGACACAUCCAGGAACUGCUGGAGCUGGCUGAACAAAGGCUACAGCAGACGAUGAGGAAGGCUGAGACCUUGCCUGAGGUGGAGGCUGAGCUUGCUCAACGAGUCGCAGCUCUGACAAAGGCAGAGGAAAGACAUGGGAACAUCGAAGAACGUUUAAGACAACUGGAGAGCCAGCUCGAAGAAAAAAAUCAAGAGCUUUCACGGGCUCGUCAACGAGAAAAGAUGAACGAAGAGCAUAACAAGCGUUUGUCGGACACCGUUGAUCGAUUGUUGUCAGAAUCAAAUGAACGACUCCAGCUUCACCUGAAGGAACGAAUGGCUGCGCUGGAAGAGAAAAAUACACUAAUCCAAGAAGUGGAAAAUACAAGAAAACAGCUUGAAGAAUAUCACAUGGACAAGGAGAGGCUGGCGAACGAAAUAGGGAAGUUAAGGACGGAAGUGGAGCAGCUGAAAUUGAAGACGGGGGCGUUUGCAGAUAGUGUCCAUCCACGAGCUCAUCUGGGCAGUGCAACAGAUUUGCGGUACACUCUUAGUUCCGUGGUAGAGACCCAGCCAGAGCUGUAUGGAUCGCCAGCAGUACUACGACGAGCUCAGAAGGGGCGCUUCACCUCUCUGCGGGAGGAACCUACUAAGAUUCAAACUCUAAAUGAACAGGAAUGGGAAUGCGCUCAACCAGCGAACGUUCUGACAAGCACUCCACACGCUUUUGAAAGUGACCCAGAAAUGUCUGACAUCGACGACGAGGAUGCAGAGACGAUGUUUAGCUCGGCCGAUCUGCUUUCACCCAGUGGGCAUUCUGAUGCUCAGACGCUGGCCAUGAUGUUACAGGAACAACUAGAUGCCAUCAACAAUGAAAUCAGGAUGAUCCAGGAGGAGAAGGAGUCCACUGAGCAACGUGCUGAGGAGAUUGAGUGCCGUGUGGGGAGUGGGAGCAUGGACGGACUGAACUUAACGCGCAUCUGGACAGGGACCUCCAUUCCAACGUCUCUCACUGCCCUGUCUCUCACCAGUUCUUCUCCGCCUGCCAGUGGGCGCUCCACACCUAAGCUCACUCCUCGCAGUUCCUCCCAUGACUUGGACCGUAUGGGCAUCAUGACACUGCCUAGUGACUUAAGGAAGCAUCGUCGGAAGUCUCCAGUCGCAAGGGAUGACAACCGUGAAGAUAAAACGACAAUCAGAUGUGAGACAUCACCUCCUUCAUCUCCGCGCUCCAUGAGACUGGAAAAACUCGCCCACUCCCUGCAGUCAACGAGUCAAGAAGAAGGGCGAGGCACAAUGACAGCCGAGGAGCUGGCGAGCAAUCCCAGCAGCAACAACAGCAGCCAGGACUCGCUGCACAAAGGUUCAAAGAAGAAAGGCAUCAAAUCAUCUAUAGGCCGUCUGUUUGGCAAAAAAGAGAAGGCGCGCCUGGGCCAGCUGAGCAAGGAAAUGGCUUCUGUUCAUGGAUACGGAUAUUUUGGUGGCAUGUUGGAUGCAGAAAUGACUAUUCAGGACUCCCUUACUCUGGGAAAACUUGGAACACAAGCAGAGCGAGACCGAAGGUUAAAGAAAAAGCAUGAAUUACUGGAGAGCGCUCGGCGGAAAGGCAUGCCAUUUGCACAGUGGGAUGGAGCAACAGUAGUGUCAUGGCUUGAGCUGUGGGUGGGAAUGCCAGCCUGGUACGUGGCAGCCUGCCGAGCCAAUGUGAAGAGUGGUGCUAUCAUGUCGGCUUUGUCCGACACGGAGAUACAGAGGGAGAUCGGAAUCAGCAAUCCACUUCAUCGACUCAAGCUGCGACUGGCCAUACAAGAGAUGGUGUCACUAACAAGUCCAUCAGCUCCACCAACAUCAAGAACGUCCUCUGGAAAUGUCUGGGUGACUCAUGAGGAAAUGGAAAACCUGGCGGCAUCAACAAAGACGGAGAAUGUGGAGGGCAGUUGGGCUCAGACUCUGGCUUAUGGAGAUAUGAAUCACGAGUGGAUUGGUAAUGAAUGGCUGCCCAGCCUUGGAUUGCCCCAAUAUCGCAGCUAUUUCAUGGAGUGUUUGGUGGAUGCUCGGAUGCUUGACCAUUUGACCAAGAAAGACCUGCGAAUGCAUCUGAAGAUGGUUGACAGCUUUCAUCGCACUUGUUUACAUUAUGGUAUAAUGUGUCUGAAGAGACUAAACUAUGACAGAAAGGAUCUCGAGCGGAGGAGAGAAGAGAGUCAACAUGAAAUUAAAGAUGUGUUGGUGUGGACUAAUGACCAAGUCACUCACUGGGUACAAUCUAUUGGACUUCGCGAAUAUGCAAACAACAUUGUUGAAAGUGGAGUACACGGAGCCUUGGUAGCCCUCGAUGAAAAUUUUGAUUACAACAGUCUGGCAUUACUAUUACAAAUUCCCACACAAAAUACUCAGGCAAGGCAGGUCUUAGAACGUGAAUUCAACAACCUGUUGGCCUUGGGGACAGAGCGGAAAUUGGACGACGGUGAUGACAAAAGUUUCAGGCGGGCACCAUCAUGGAGAAAACGUUUUCGGCCACGAGAGGUCCAUAGUGUUGCCAUGAUGGCCGGCUCUACAGAAACACUACCAGCAGGGUUCAGGGUUACAGCAAUGUCCAGCCCAGCUCCAUCAGUGCAGCCGAUGAAAAUUCAACCAGAAGUUGCUACAUCAGGGACACAGAGGUUAGACACAUCAACUGUACGCACAUACUCCUGCUGACAUCCAGAUCAGUCAGUGAGUCAACGGUGAAUAACCGGUGAGUAUGUAACUUUACCCUUCUGCUUCUCGUGGCUGUUGGAUAGAACAGUAGGGAACUUUGGUGCAGUACAUGAAAAGUUACACGCAGGUACUUCCAGCAAUUUUUUUUUUGUGCCAUUAUUUUUGUUCCAAAGAGAUGAUCUAAAUCAUCAAAUUGAGCACGUGGAAAUGAUAUUUUAAGGAUUUGUCAAAAGCUGCCUGUUUUUUUAAAAUCGUCUAACUUUAUCCAUAUGUUAUUGAAAAACUAGGCGUGUUUGUUGCAGAAGACAUAGUGAGUGGCUAGCAUUGGUUAUUUACUCUGAAUGAGCUUCUGGAACUCAGAGGAGGAUGAAUCUUGAAUCCCCCUUUGCAUUGACUAAACUGAAUUAAGUAUCCAUUGAAUAACUACUGUGAACCUGUUUGCUUCUCACUAUCAAGAUUACAGAUCAUUUCCCAUUCUCCCACCAAUCGACUUCUCUGAUCCAUCCCCUUUUCUUCUGGUACAGAGUCUCAAUUUGCUGGGAUCAGGUUGUGUCAACCGAUCUAUUGCACAGUCUCAAUUUUGUUAUUUGGACAAGUUUAAAGAACUAAAGUUAUUUCAUUGUAAUUAAAAAACACCUCUAGUUUACAGGUUGGGCAGGUACAACAUUAUUACAUUCCAGAAAGCAUGAAGUAAUGAGUUUAAUGGUUCAAUAUUGAUUUCACAUAAAAUGUCAGGUUUUACACGAUAAUGUUUUGACAAGCUCUAUCCUAUCCCUCUAGCCUCCUCCUGCCCCCAAACUAAAAUAAGAGCAUAGAUGUAUUAAGCUGUCUAUUUUGUUUGUAGCAUCUUGACCUUCCUCGCUAAACUCUUCAAGAAUUUUCUUAAAAGUGCCUUUCAGCUUCUAAAACAUUCUGAAUUAAAUUCAUUCCCAAAAUAAAGCAAUCCGCAGGUGUAUUCAAUAAGUGUGUGCUCCUUCAGAGCCUGAGAGUACUUAGAAAUAUCCAAUGUUCUUACCUCAGUAUGUCAUCUGAUGAUUCUCCCUCUGCAACAUGUUAGUGCAUUGAUGUCAAAUGAGAGUUGAAUUGAGCCAACCUGCGGUGAUUGAAUAAGCUCGAGCCGUUUUCAUGUCAGGAUAGCAUGGCAAUAUGAGAAAAAUAUUGGAGGACUAUUGUGGGAAACCAUUUCCCGGAAAGGAAUAACAUCUUCAUGAAAGCAGAAAGCCAGUUAUGAAGGAUUAUAAUUAAUAAUUGAUCAUUUGUCUCCUCCAGUGCAUUCCCACUACUUGUAUGGACAUAUGCUCGCUGCCUUUCGGGAAUAAUCCACUACAUCUCUGUGAGAUCGACAAUGGAGAUCAAAUGCUGUUGCACAAAAAAUAGAAAGGCGUAGAAGAUUUGAAUGUAUAUUGAACAUGAAUGGGCAAUAGUUUACUUAGGCUCAGAAAAAUGUCAUAUGGAUACACAGUUAUCACAUUAUCAUUUUAUUUAUCUGGUAACAACUUUCUUUGUGGAAUUAUCCUUUACAACGCUGGUUGAGACUUUUAGGGUUUCAUUUUUGAGAUAUUUCACUAAUAUUGUUAUAAUCAAAGUACGGUAUGUAGUAAGAUUCUGUCAACUUUUAACCUCAAGUACAGUCAUUGUAGUUUCAUUGGUUGUAGUAUUUUAUUUCCCAAGUGUAUCAUAUCUGCUAUAUGUAAGCGUAUGGCCAUGAAGUAAUGCAAGUUUUUUUUAAUGUAAAUGUACCUGUAUAUAAAUAUUGCUCACUGUAACAGCGUUUUUUAGAUAAUUUAAUGGAAUUUGAAAAAUAUAGAUUCAACCUAAAUGCUGUCUUAAUUAUUGAUGUUGUUGCCAUUUUAUCUUGCUGAUAUCUUGCAAGAACAUCUUGUUAUAUUUGAUGAGCAUUUGUUCAUUAUCAAUGAAUUGUGUGCAAGUAUGUGUCCACCAUGCCAAUUGCAGCACAUGAUGUGAUGAAUGGAUAGCUUUAUUAAUUUUUUUUUUGAUAAUUGUGGAAAUAACAACCAUUAAAUUGUGUCCUGUCAGUAAGGCAUUGAUUUUCCAAUUGGCAUCAGUUUUGGGCUCCCAAAGUCUUGUUCCACUGAACAUUAAAACAAAACGUUUUGACUCCUUAUGCGAAUACAACUGGGUUUCAACUUAGCCUUGUGGUUGGUUACACAAGGCCUUGUUUCCUAUAUUUUUUCACAUCAUUUGCUGUAUUUAUUUCAGUAAUCUUCCUUGAAAUGCAAAUGCAACUAGUUUUCUCCCUUCCUCAUUUCCUCUCAUUCAUUAUCGAAUGUACAGACUCGAUUGGAAAGGAUACUCUUGAGAGUAUUAAGAGACCACAAAGUAACACAGCAUCCAAAUGCUUUUAACCUCCAAUGCUGAUCAUUCUGAUUUCAGAUUCCCAGGUAUAAAUUCGACAAUUCACAAUAUUUUGAAAUGAGCAGUUUCUAUCGCAACGUCAUCACAUAUUGAUAAAGUUGUAGGAUUAAAAGAAUAUCAAUUACAGUUUUAUCAAAAGAUGCCUUGUCUUGUUUAAGCUAUCAGCUAAAUGUUUCCAGUUGUAAUUCCCAUUUUUUUAAAUAUACUGAAAAAAAUCAGAAUCAAAGCAUUUUGUCUUUUUCCCUAUUUUAAGCAGAUAUAAUAAUCUAAUCAUUAUUGAAAUGUGGCAGAUACAUGCAGUUAAACUCAUUACAGGGAGACAGGGAAACGAUUUUCCAAAGUAUAAAAACAAAGUAACACUUUACCAGAUAUUUCAAGAGGAAUUUAACAUGCUUCUUCAACAUGGUUAAGCACUGGCACUUUCUGUUCUGUUAGUCUUUGUGACUAUCCCUCGAAAAAUAGUGACCAUUGAAUACUUUUAUGAAGAUUAACAAAAUGUUGAUCCUAUUUUAUAAAAUUCAUUUUAAUAAAUUGAUAAAUAUAUAUUAUAUAUAAUCCUUCAAAGCUGUUGAAGUGUGCAUCUUUUUAAUUCAGCACUUUUUGGAAAUAAGUCAAAAUGUUUCUUGGACAUGAGUGUUUUGCAAAUACAAUAAAGAAAGGCACUCAUUUUAACAUUUUAAUUCCCAAGUGCCGCAAAACUAAAGUAAUGUUUUCUUCCUAUUUACUGAGUUCAGCAUGAGGUGACAUGUAGGGGUUGUGUAGGACCACAGAAUGAACUGACCCUAAGAUUUGCUUAUUAUUUCCCACCUGUGAAGAGCAGCAGUAUACGCUGAAGUCCAAAACGAACAGGACUUCAUAAAUACCUAGUAACAGCUGUGAUCUUAUAACAGGUUUUAUUGAAUUCAUCCUAUACAUUUUGGACAAUGUCAUCAGAACCUUCCAAGUCCAAUUUUCACCUCUCUAGUAAAUUUGAAAAUAGUCUCUGGUUCCUUUCUCAGUUCAUGGAGGAAAGCAUAAUAAAAUUGCCUGAAAAUAACAUGUAAUUAUGAGAAGGCAUUGAAUUAAAAAAAUUGCUCCAUAUUUCAUACUCAAAAUUAAUUAAUAGCUAGAUUUGAACGUUCUUAAUAAAAUAAAUGAAAAUC